GUUUUGCCUAAAAAAUCAUUUCACUUUGAAAUGCAGUCAAAAUGAAAAUGUUAUUUAAAAUGCAUGCAACACUGCCUGUGUCUGGUAUUGUUGCUAGUGUGCUUAUUGCCAAUGAGAUCUAGUUUCAGUAGUUUUGAGAUGUUCUUUACCAGAAAUGAAUACAGUAAUACUAAUAGUUUGACAUGAACAUAAUGUAUUGUUAUUUGAAUUUUGAAGUGGGGACACAGAGACCAAGACACAUUUUGUUCAUUAUUUGUACCAAAGAAUUUGAAAAAGCAUUGGACUAAGUGAAAUUUUUUCAAGGUCUAAUUGUGUCUUGCCAGGUGUGAAAUUUUUUAAAAAUAUCAGUGUAGAAUGGCUAUGACUAGGAUUAACAUUGAUGAGCCAAGAUGGGAUCAAAGCACAUACAUUGGUAGAGCUCGUCAUUUUUUUACCACUACAAAUCCUGCCAACCUAUUUUGUUCAGCAUCUGAGUUGGAAUGGGCUCGGACAACAGUGACCAAAUAUAGAAAUGGUGAGGUAGUUGAUCUCCCUGAAGAUGUUCUUUGGCGUGCCAAGCAUGUUUACGACAGCGCUUUCCACCCAGACACCGGGGAAAAGAUGAUGCUCAUUGGUCGCAUGUCAGCCCAAGUCCCCAUGAACAUGACUAUUACUGGCUGCAUGCUCUCCUUCUACAAAACCACGCCAGCAGUGGUGUUCUGGCAAUGGAUUAACCAGUCUUUCAAUGCUGUGGUCAAUUAUACCAACAGAUCCGGAGACUCGCCCAUCACUGUAAAACAGCUUGGCACAUCAUACGUGUUGGCAACUGGAGGAGCUCUAAUCACUGCUCUUGGUCUCAACUCGUUGGUUAAGUCGAUGCCUCCGUUGGUAGGACGAUUGGUGCCCUUCACUGCAGUGGCCGCUGCUAACUGCGUCAACAUCCCAAUGAUGCGCAUGAAGGAGUGGCGCGAGGUUGGCUUGGCGCUGCAGACGAGCGACGGCUCAAGUCUCGGCGUGGCGAGCAAGAAGGCCGCCGUGGAGGGCGUGGCUAUGGUCACCGUGUCCAGGAUAGGCAUGGCAGUGCCCAGCUGUGUGUUGCCGCCGCUGCUCAUGAACUCCUUGGAGAAGAAAGGCGUCCUGCGUAGGAUGCCCUGGAUCGGCGCCCCUCUACAGGUGCUAUUAUGCGGGAUCUGCCUGACGUUCGCGACGCCGGCGUGCUGCGCGCUGUUCCCGCAGAAGGCUGCCAUCAGCGUCGACAGGCUCGAGCCUGAAAUCCAGGCCAAGAUUCGAGCCAUGGAGAACCCGCCUACUGUUGUCUACUACAACAAAGGUCUUUAAUUAGACCUGAGGUGGAAUUUAAUAUUUCUUGCCUGUUGCCACCACGUAUCUCAGCGUAUGGUGUUAUGAUGUUCUGACUCAUAGAUUUGGUAUUCAAGUUCUACGUCUUAUAUCCUUUGAAACUUUAAACUUCAAAUCUGUGGUAAUGUUUAUACUUUACUGAUAUGUUUCACUUAUUAGCAUUCUUGUGGGUAUUUUUUCUUUUUCUCCGUAAAGUUCCUCAUGGUUUUUAAUUUAUAGUAAUUUAUCAGUUGCUUGUUUAUCAAAGCAUGGAGGAAGCUCGAUGUUACUCAGUUGAGAAUGAAGUUGGUUUCACAAAGAGUACUUAUUUGAUGUGUUGGAUGUGGUGAAAAGUUUAUCUUACUUCUAAGCCUUAAUGAAUGGACUGAGUAUGUACUUAUUUUACCUUAAUCGUCCACUAUACCUAUUAGAUUUGCGUGCAAUAGUUAGGGUAGUUGUCUGAGAUCUAAGGUUUUACUCAUCAAGUUUUCCGAGUUUAUAUUAUUAUGUAGUGUCAGUCGAAGUUGUUAUCGUAAAAUACCCGUUGUUUGUUGUUAUGCAACGAAACUCUUUAAUCUUUAGUUGAAGUUAGUCGUAAUAUUACGUUAAUAUAUAGAAAUUAAUUAGGAAGAAAUUUAAAGUAGUUUUCUUCUUCGUUAAUGUUAGCACUUGUUGAAACAUAAAUAUCAUGCGUGUUAUCACUAAAUGGCCUCACAGAUUGACAUGUAAACUUGUUCUGUUAGCUCUCAGUCGGCUAUGCGUCAUCCGCCUACUUAUUCGAGUGUUUGGUGUACUAUCUUAUCUCGACGUUUGUUUGAUAUGUUUACGGGAAAAAAAUCACUCGUCUGUUGUCAUGGUAAAAUAGUCUUUCUGUGUAACCUUUGAGUCGCCGAAUUUUACUUUCAUCUCUCACUGCAUGCUUUAAAUAAUUUUUUGCUCAUCUAUUUUUUCUUACAAAAUAUGCUCUAAAUUCUUUGAUGGAACUGAUCCUGUUAAUUUUUUCUAGGGUAUCGAUGUAAGAGAAUACAUUUUGGCCAUACUAAAUAUAAGGUUCCAAUGUUUAUUUAGCCAUCUUUAUUCAAUGAUUCAGUUACCGUUUCCCACGAGUCACUAGUUAUAUAUAUUUUUUGUUAUAUUGCACGCAUGUAAGUGAAAAGUUCUUAUGUGAAAAGAUGCGUUGUAAAUUUUACAUUUCAUCACGUGUUAUGGUUUUCGACCUCGCAGAGUCUUUCUGCCUCUAUUUUCCUCAAUACUAUUGUCGGUGUGCGGGAUAGGCUGACUAAGUCAGCGAAACGAAGCAACUCCAUAAAUUACUGCACAUGUGGAGCUUAGGGUCUUGAUUAUUUUUAAUCAAAAAGUGUCAAUUCUAACAGAAAGUUUUACCUUUUCCUGUAGGCGUGUCAUUUAAUUUAAUGAAAACUGUAGACUAGUUUGCUUCUUUUAGAUCAAAAUGUCCGCUUUUCCUGUACGAUAUCGAAUUAAAAAAUGUUUUCCUCUGCUUAAAUCAUAAGAUAUGCAUUUUCAUCCUGACAGGUAUACAAUCAAAAUUGUGAAUUAUAUGUGGUCGUACCAACCUUUGAUGACAAAUAAUAGAACUCUUGAGA